AUGUCUUCAUCGUCAUCAACAACCUUAACACCGAUACCAGUAACAUUACAACAAAUCAGUCUUCAUUCAUCAUCAAUAAAUAAUAGUCUAUUGAAUUCUGUAGGACGUGAUCGAUGUCGGCGUAUAAGUGAUGAAGCAGCCAAACGGUCACGUGAAAAACGUCGACAAAAUGAUAUUCUCAUGGAAUGUCGUAUUAAUCAAUUACAAAUACAAUAUCAUAAAUUACAUCAUGAAUUAAUAGAGUUGAAAUUACGUUUUAAUAUACCAUUAAAUGAUGAAGAUAAAAAAUUUAUGGAGAAUCAUUCGUCAACGUUAGAUGAUACACAAUAUAAUGUAUAUAAUGGACACCAUGGUCAUCAACAUCAUAAUAAUAGUGAUGGAGAAUUGAGAUUAUCCGAAAUGAAUUGUCAUAUGAUGUCAAAAACAAAGUCAAGAAAUGAUUGA